CCCGGCCCCGGCCCCGCGCAGCAGCUGAUUGUCCCCGGAGCCCCGCAGAGCCGCUGCCCAGGAUGAGCCGCCCGCGCUGCCCCAUCCGUUGGCAUCCCAGACCAGAGACACGGCCGUGCGGGAUGGGAUUGUACCAGCCUCCAGCACUGCUGUGAUGUUUUCUGCACCCAUCCCAACUCCUGUGGCCUUCCCGAAGGCACAGCAAGAUGUCGAAGGCCCUCAGUGCUGAGCAAAACAAAAAGUAAUGCAGCGUAAUAGAGACCAGAUGUCUUGUUGCGAGCUCUGUCCGGAUGUCUCCUCUCUGGUGCAUGGGGCUCCUCCAGGCCUGGCUGGCUGCAUGAAGGUAGCAAAAGGAUCGGGGAGUUUGUGCUGGCGGUGGAAGCGACUCUGCUUGUGGUGACUGUAACACGGGUGCCUCGGAGUCAUCGGGAUACCUUGCCCCAGCAAGGAGGAUGUCAAAAGCAUUUCCGUGCAUCAGAUAAAUAGUCGGGGCUCGGAAGGCCCCCUGCGGGUGACCGAGCUGCCUGGGAUUGCAGUUUGUAAUCCCAGUUGUCUUGAUGCAAACGUUUGAAGGACCCCAGAAGUGCUGGCACAAGCGAAGCUCUGUGCGACUCUUCCUUGGACCCAGCUCCACUCCGUGCCUCUCCAAAUCCCGCCUUGCCGAGUUACACCGAAGGAUCUCGUUUUUGUUGGCGUGGUGUUAAGCUAAAAAUUAGAUCGUCUGGGCUUUUGUGGGGCAAGGCUGAGCUCACUAAGAAGGAAAAACAACUUCCUUCAGCUCCCAGGGUCUUUAGGAUCUAAUGACCACAAAUAUUUGAAGCAUGCGGGAUUUGUACCGAAGGGAAUGGCAAGCACAGAGGAAAACGUUGUGUGUCACUGCCAUGCAGACGGGAUGAAAGAUGCUAUUCAUAUCAGUUCAGACUGCUGAACUUUGGUCAGCCUUUUUUCACCUCAUAGUUACAGCUUAAGUGCUUUGAAAACAAGAGGAAGAAACCGGUCUCUGGGAAGUGGUGCUUGCAUCUGGACACACCGACCUCAUUUUUACUCGCUUGGAAUAUUUAGAAAGAAAUGCUGUGGGUUUCCUUGGCCCUUUCUCCCACAUCGGGAGCUGUAAUGACUUGUAAAAAUAAACAGAUAAAACAAGGUCAUUAAAUUAACAGGGAAAUAUCUCAUUGCAAGAACCUGCCGGCACAGCUUCUGCAGGCAAAAGGGGCUGGGGGUCAUUGGGGGAACAGACAGGCAGAAAAUGGUUCAGUGAACUUUUUUUCCAAAGACAGUAAUUUUUUCCACCGUGCUGGACGUGAAAGGCAGGAGGGAAUUGGCAAUCUGCUUGCAGUGCUUAACAUUUGUAAAAGGCAUUGUGCCCUUCUGCUGAUCACGAGCUGUCUUGUUGUAGCGUAUGAGCAAUAAAGGGAAGCAGUCAGAGCCGCAGUAAUGAUGUUAGAUUGAAUAGAGUGCCUUAUUUUAUUUUUAGAGGACAAUUUCACUUGGCACUGGCCUUCUUUAUUCUUUCUGGUUAUCCACAGAGAUGCACCACUGCUCUUUUUAUCGAGAUGGGAAACCAGGAAGUGUGUUCAAUCCCUCAUUUAUCUUCUUUUUAAAACGUAAUUAAGUGCUAAUCAUUGGUGAGGAUACGUAAUCUGGGCAGUGGCAUCUGGACUUUGAAAACAGGGACCUUGUUGCAACAAACUUGGUUCUUGCUCCAGCUCUCUGCUCACCCAUCGCCCGGCACCGGCGCGGGAUUUCACCAUCAAAGUGCCAUGUACCACCCUCACCCUCCGUCCCGAAAGGAGGUUAAAGGAGCAAAAGCUGAGCACGGGGGAUAAACUUCAUCUUUGCUAGCAAGAAGCAGAGCCACUGGGUCCACCCAGCCUGUGGCCCUCUAAUCCCAAGCGUUGCAGAAUGCCUUUGGGGUGGUGAGCAUAAAGCAACCUGAUUUCUGCCCCCCCCCCCCCCCCUCCUCUUUUUGGCUUGCCUAAUUUUUUUAUCGUCAUAGUAACAGGGAAAUUUUGUGUAACGGCGGAUAGAUGCUUACAGCUCUCUUUCAAGUCUGAGUGGAAGGGGCACUGAGAAGACCUUUAAAACCCAACAUGACUAGCUUGGCGUUGCACUGGGCCAGCUUGUGUUGUGUGCGUUGGCCUGGGGUACCUUCCCUCUCUAGACAAAGGCUUUUUGAAAAGCUUUGAAGCGUGCAGACCUGCCACUGCUAUGGGAGACUCUGUUGUAGACCCAGCCCGAGGGACAGGCUUGGACCAGGCGCCCAGCUCAGCGCCCCAAGGAAAUGGCGGGACGUCUCUCAGCGUCAUCACAGAAGGUGUUGGGGAGCUGGCGGUCAUCGACCCCGAGGUGGCAAAGAAAGCCUGCGAAGAGGUCCUGGAGAAGGUCAAGUUGAUGCAUGGCAUCUCCUCCGACAGCUUAACAAAACCGGCUGAUGGCAGCGAGGCAGAGUGUGCCCCACGGACCGUGGUGGAUUUGGCCAAUGGAGACAUCAGGGAGGGCUGUGAAAUCAAGUGCUUGGAUGAUCCGCCCAGCACGGCCUCCAAGAUCCAGGAGGAGGACGAGACCAUGGCCAACACAGUGAAAACUGCCCGGAAGCGGCAGAAGAAUAACUCUGCUAAGCAGUCCUGGCUCCUCCGGCUCUUUGAAUCCAAACUCUUUGAUAUCUCCAUGGCCAUUUCAUACUUGUACAAUUCAAAGGAACCUGGUGUGCAGGCUUACAUUGGGAAUAGGUUGUUCUGCUUUAGGAACGAAGAAGUGGACUUCUACCUGCCGCAGCUGCUGAAUAUGUACAUUCACAUGGACGAGGACGUGGGAGAUGCGAUCAAGCCAUACAUCGUGCACCGCUGCCGGCAGAGCAUCAAUUUCUCCCUGCAGUGUGCCCUGCUGCUGGGCGCCUACUCCUCGGACAUGCACAUCUCCACUCAGCGACACUCCCGCGGGACCAAGCUGCGGAAACUCAUCCUUUCAGACGAGUUGAAGCCAGCUUACAAGAAGAGGGAGCUGCCAUCGCUGAGCCCAGCCCCCGAUAUGGGGCUGUCUCCUUCCAAAAGAACUCACCAGAGGUCCAAGUCGGACGCCACCGUUACCAUCAGCCUGAGCAGCAAUCUGAAGCGCACAGCCAGCAAUCCCAAAGUCGAGAGCGAGGAAGAGGAGCUCUCCUCGAGUACGGAAAGUCUUGAUAAGUCAUUCUCUCCCCCUGUCAGACUCGCCCCUGAGAGAGAAUUCAUCAAAUCCCUGAUCGCCAUCGGGAAGCGCCUGGCCACUUUGCCAACCAAAGAGCAGAAGACCCAACGGCUCAUUUCAGAGCUUUCGCUGCUGAACCACAAGCUGCCGGCGCGUGCCUGGCUCCCAACGGCUGGCUUUGACCAUCACGUGGUACGGGUGCCCCACACCCAGGCAGUCGUCCUCAACUCCAAGGACAAGGCUCCCUAUUUAAUCUACGUUGAAGUACUUGAAUGUGACAAUUUCGACACAGCGAAUGUGCCCGCUCGGAUCCCCGAGAACCGCAUCCGGAGCACCCGCUCGGCCGAGAACCUCCCUGAGUGUGGGAUCACGCACGAGCAGAGGACCAGCAGCUUCACCACCGUCCCCAACUAUGACAAUGAUGACGAGGCUUGGUCCGUGGACGAUAUUGUGGAGCUGCAGGUGGAGCUGCCAGAGAUUCACACCAACAGCUGUGACAACAUCUCCCAGUUCUCUGUGGACAGCAUCACCAGCCAGGAGAGCAGGGAGCCUGUGUUCAUUGCUGCUGGAGACAUCAGACGGCGGCUCUCGGAGCAGCUGGCACACACCCCCACCUCCUUCAAGAGGGACCCCGAGGACCCAUCUGCUGUCGCCCUGAAGGAACCCUGGCAGGAGAAAGUCAGGAGGAUCCGAGAAGGGUCCCCCUACGGCCACCUGCCCUCCUGGCGCCUCCUCUCUGUCAUUGUCAAGUGUGGGGAUGACCUCCGGCAGGAGCUGCUCGCCUUCCAGGUCCUCAAGCAGCUGCAGUCCAUUUGGGAACAGGAGCGUGUCCCACUCUGGAUCAAGCCAUACAAAAUCCUCGUCAUCUCCGCCGACAGUGGCAUGAUUGAGCCAGUUGUGAAUGCUGUGUCCAUCCACCAAAUCAAGAAGCAAUCCCUGCUUUCACUGCUGGAUUAUUUCCUGCAGGAACAUGGCAAUUACAAUACCGAAUCCUUCCUGACAGCCCAGAGGAAUUUUGUGCAGAGCUGUGCCGGUUACUGCCUGGUGUGCUACCUACUGCAAGUCAAGGACAGGCACAAUGGCAACAUCUUGCUGGAUGCGGAUGGACACAUAAUCCACAUCGAUUUUGGGUUUAUCCUCUCCAGCUCCCCCAGGAAUCUUGGCUUUGAGACGUCUGCCUUCAAACUCACCACAGAAUUUGUGGAUGUGAUGGGUGGGCUGGACGGGGACAUGUUCAACUACUACAAGAUGCUGAUGCUGCAGGGUCUCAUCGCUGCCCGGAAGCACAUGGAUAAAGUUGUGCAGAUUGUGGAGAUCAUGCAGCAAGGGUCGCAGCUCCCCUGUUUCCACGGCUCGAGCACCAUCCGCAACCUGAAGGAGCGGUUUCACAUGAACAUGACGGAAGAGCAGCUGCAGCUGCUCAUCGAGCAGAUGGUGGACGGCAGCAUGCGCUCCAUCACCACCAAGCUCUACGAUGGCUUCCAGUACCUCACCAAUGGCAUCAUGUGAUGGCCGCGGGCCUCCCUCUCCCAGACCAGCUCUGUGCCCGCUGCCACGCCCGGCCCAGGCCUGAGCUUUGCCCCGAGGAAGAGGUCUCGGUCCUUGACACUAAAAAAAAAGAGGCCGAGUCUCAGCAUCUUCCUGGGGCUGCUUUUGCCAAGACUCAACAAAAUGAAAUGAAAAAAAAAACCUGAAGCAGUCGAAGCAGGAAAAAAACCCACUCCUGAAAAAUCAAAGCAAAACGGAUCACGCGGUAACCGUUGCUGUCAUGCAAGCGCAGGGUCUGGCGGUGGCCCAGUGAAAGCCAGCAAAGGGCCUUGGGACGUGGGGGUAGCGCUCGCCCCCAUGCUGCUGCCUCUUCCUCCCGUCAGUAUUAAGCCCAUUGGUGUCCUGUGAACUCUCCCACAAUCUCAUGAAAUGUUUGGGACCGGG